UUCACGUAUAUUCAUAUAUUACCAUAUGUUUUCACAUCUCUAACGUGAAACAAAAGACGCCGGCUUAGAACAAAUAAAAUAUGUCCGCCUCAUCGAGCAACAAGAGCACCCUGGUGUCCUCCAUCAUCUCGGGCCUUCUCAGCCUUGUAAUCUUUGCCACACUACGCUUUUGUGCAGACUGGUUUAGCGACUCGCAGCUAAAGGUUCUGCUGGGCGGAUACCUUUUCUCCUGGCUCUUCAUUUUGAGCCUGACCUGCUUAUCCAACGUGGAGAUGCUCGUCUUUGGCCAAGACUUCCAGGCUAAGCUCGUACCGGAGAUUCUCUUCUGCCUCUCGCUGACGGUGGCCGCAGCUGGAAUCGUUCACCGGGUUUGCGCUACCACCAGCAUCCUUUUUUCGCUGGUGGGCCUCUACUUCCUGAACCGCAUAUCCAACAGCUACUACUCGAGCUCGGUGGCCACCGUGGAUGCUCCCGCGGCGCGCAAGGGCGGCAAGAAGUUCAAAUAAAUGCACGGAAUCUCUAGCUUCGGCUUUAUGUGCUAAUGUAAACAUUCUAUUACUAAUACGAAUUAAUAAAUAAUUAACAGUAAAACCUA